GUCUGCACACAUAGAUUCUCAAGUUGAUGCUGCGCAAAAUGGAACUUAACAAAAUUUCAAACAAAACCUUCUGCUUUUUAUCAGACAUAACUUUCUCCGAUAGAUUCCUUCCUCCUGUCUACAUCCUCGUCUUCAUCAUCGGCUUGGCUGCGAACAUAUGGGGACUCACGUUUUUACUGCAAAACUGGAAGAAAUUUGGACACAUCAACAUUUUUGUCUUCAACAUGGGACUUGCUGAUAUUUUGUACUUGCUAACUCUUCCAUUCUUGGUCGUGUACCAUUUUAAGGAGAGAGAGUGGAUUUUUGGAGACACUUUUUGCAAAAUUACGCGGUUUUGUUUUAAUAUAAAUCUUUAUGGUAGCAUUGGAUUUCUCACGUGUAUCAGUGUGUACAGGUACUUGUCAAUAGUCCAUCCGAUGAAGGCUUGGGGCAGGCUCAUUCCAUCUCACGCUGUAGUUAUCUCAAUUAUAGUUUGGUUCUAUGUGGGUGCGCAAACUCUUCCAGAUAUGUUUUUUGCUAAAACGAAUACAAAUAAAAAAGGCAAAUGUUAUGACACCACUUCCACUGCUUUCGUAGAGGAUUAUCUGAAAUACAGUUUGGCUUGGACUUUGACUGGGUUCUGCUUGCCGUUCCUGGUCACGGUGGGAUGUUAUUCUCAUGUGAUAGUGAGGCUGCGUGGCUCCAGCUUCACAGAUACAGACCGUGUGCUGAAGAGGAGGAGUCUGCGGCUGCUGUUGGUUCUGAUCCUGCUCUUCUCUGUGUGUUACAUUCCCUAUCACGUCCUCAGGAACCUCAACCUGUACUCCAGAGUCCUGUCCAAGAGGCAGUGCUACGGCUGGUUCAACCCCGUCUACGUGGCUCAGCAGGUGGGCCGCGGCCUGGUGUGCCUGAACUCUGCCCUGAACCCCCUGGUGUACCUCCAUGCGAGUGAGGAGCUGUCCUCUAGUCUCCGGAUGCUCCGCAGAUCAGCUGGACUCCUGUGUCUGCAUCCAAGUGACAAUCAUGUUAAUAGUACACAUGAGGUUUGUUUGCCCGACCAGCCAGUCGCUUCUACGUUCUGUUAGAACAAGACUCUGGAAUCGACAAACCUCCAACAAACCUAAAUUGUAACAGUCUAACCACAGCCAAUAAUUUGUUUCAUGUGUUUCUCAAAUGCAGAAGACAUCUCUUGAAAACUCUUGCAUCGUUCCAAACAAAAUAUAUCAUUUCUUUUACCUGAAAUAAAUAAGAGUUUUCUCAGUCCUCUGUGUUUUUUUUUUUAUUUUUUACGUGUAAGCCACCAUAUCUGUUUUUACCUGCACAAAGCAUGCGUCUCUCUGAUUGGUUAAUCCACAUGUAAGUCAAACCCUUUGACAUUGAGGAGACAGGAUAUGG